AUGGCGCUCCUUACUACGAGUGCGCCAGUCAACUACGACGAGCAGGAGGAUGCUGCCGACCAGCUCGAGGGCCUCAAUAUCAAUGGCGAUGGCGAAGAGGAGUAUGACAUGGUCGACGACUCGGACGAUCCCGCGCCAAACGGAGCGCAAUCCCGCAGCAAGUCGAAGCUCAAGUACAUGGACCAACUACAAGACGUAGCGAAUCGCGUGCGCGACGAGAUCCAAAUAGAUCUGAACGACGUCGAGGCAUACGAGAAGGCGACAUCAGACGACGAGCACAACUACAGGCUGGUCGAGUCAAUCGAGCGCAAUGCGCACCAUUACAUCGACAUCUUCUCGCGAGCAGUCGACAAGUGCCUGCCUCCACCGACUAGAGAACUAGACUUCAAAGACGAUGUUUUGGACGUGAUCAUGACGCAGCGUUCGAAGCGCAAUGAAAGACAGCAAGAGAUGCAGGGAGUCGACGAUUCCGCACAGGCUGCGCCCGAAACCAUGUUUCCCCCUGCGUUGACUAGACGAUACACCCUCAACUUCAGGCCCAGGAUACCAGCUGGUUCCAGCAGCCAGCGUAGCACUAAGGCGCUAGCAGUCCGCAAUGUCCGGGGAGAGCACUUGGGUCACCUCAUCACAGUUCGCGGUAUUGCAACCAGAGUGUCAGACGUCAAGCCUGCUGUGCAGGUCAACGCCUACUCUUGCGAUCGCUGUGGAAGCGAAGUUUUCCAGCCCGUCACUACCAAACAGUUCACGCCGCUUGUUGAGUGCCCGUCCGACGAUUGUAAGAGCAACAAGACUAAAGGCCAGCUCUUCCUUUCUACUCGCGCUUCCAAAUUUCUUCCGUUCCAAGAAGUCAAGAUCCAGGAGAUGGCUGAUCAAGUACCUGUUGGUCACAUUCCCAGACAGCUGACCAUUCACUGCCAUGGCGCGCUCGUCAGACAGAUCAACCCCGGAGAUGUCAUCGAUUGCGCUGGUAUCUUUCUACCCACACCCUACACUGGCUUCAAGGCAAUCCGAGCCGGUCUUCUCACCGACACAUAUCUCGAAGCGCAAUACGUUAUGCAACACAAGAAGGCCUACGACGACAUUGUGCUUGCUCAACCGACUCUUCGAAGGAUGAACGAACUUGAGCGGACUGGCCAGCUGUACGAGUACCUAUCGCGGUCCAUCGCACCUGAAAUCUUCGGUCACGUCGACGUCAAGAAGGCACUGCUCCUUCAGCUCAUUGGCGGUGUCACUAAGGAGGUUGGUGACGGCAUGCGCAUUCGUGGUGAUAUCAACGUAUGCUUGAUGGGUGACCCUGGUGUGGCCAAAUCUCAAUUGCUCAAGUACAUUACCAAAGUAGCACCUCGUGGUGUCUACACGACUGGUCGCGGUAGCAGUGGUGUUGGUCUCACUGCUGCGGUCAUGCGUGACCCUGUCACAGAUGAAAUGGUCCUUGAAGGAGGAGCUCUUGUGCUUGCUGACAACGGCAUGUGCUGUAUUGAUGAGUUCGACAAGAUGGACGACAGUGACCGAACAGCAAUCCACGAAGUCAUGGAACAACAAACAAUCUCUAUCAGCAAGGCUGGUAUUACAACCACUUUAAACGCCCGCACAUCGAUCCUCGCGGCUGCUAACCCGCUGUACGGCCGCUACAAUCCUCGUCUCUCACCGAUCGAGAACAUCAACCUUCCCGCUGCGCUCCUAUCUCGUUUCGACGUCCUGUUCCUUAUCCUCGACACCCCUGCGCGGGACUCUGAUGAAGAGCUAGCCCGUCACGUUACUCACGUGCACAUGCACAAUGCUCACCCUGAAGCCCCUGGUGGCAUCAUCUUCAGCCCUGCCGAAGUCCGACAAUGGGUUGCUCGCGCGCGAUCAUACCGACCAACAGUACCAAAGGACGUGUCAGAUUACAUGGUUGGCGCCUACGUACGCAUGCGUCAACAACAGAAGCGCGAUGAUGGCAACAAGAAGGCCUUUACCCACACAUCGCCUCGUACACUACUUGGUGUACUCCGUCUUGCACAGGCUUUGGCUCGUUUGCGGUUUGCCGAACAAGUCAUCUCUGAAGACGUCGAUGAGGCUCUCCGCCUUACCGAAGUCAGCAAGGCCAGUCUGUAUGCUGAUGAGAACCGCGGGAUCGAUCACACUCCAAGCAGUAAAAUCUAUCACCUCAUCAAGUCCAUGGAGGCUAGCGGUGCUGCUGCUGUUGGUGACGGCACAAGGGGCGAACUUGAUCUCCGCAGGGUCAGGGAAAGAGUCUUGGCCAAGGGUUUCACAGCCGACCAGUUCGAGCAGGCUAUCGACGAAUACUCCUUGCUUGACGUCUGGCAAACAACUGGUGAAGGCACAAGACUUGUCUUCAUCGAAGCUGGUCUGGAGGACGAGGAUAUGGACGCUGAUAACGAUUUCUAG